AAAACUUUACGGGAAAGGGCUAGUAUUGGCGAUUUUCACCAUUACACUAGGGAAUCCAUUCGCAUCAUUCUAAUGGUUUUAGAGAGGGUUAUAAAGGGCUAAUAUUGGCGAUUUUCACCAUUACACUAGAGAAUCCAUUCGCAUCAUUCGCAUGGUUUUAGAGAGGGUUAUAUGACAUCAAAAUACUUGCGAGGGCUCGUGAUUUGUCAUUGAACUCUUGCGGUUUUUUGAAAGAGAGUUGUAAAAUUAGUCAGCCCUCUAAUGAAAGACUGUCAAAUGGAUCCGUCGAUAGAGGGAGGUGUGAAGGAGAUAGCACCCUCCCUUAUUGCAGUUCAUCCCCUUGACAAAUCUGUGGUCGUUGCAAUUGGCCCAAAUCUUCGCAUCUUCAGUUUCGGAGAAGAUGGAACUGCUGUUUGCCACAAAAUUACAGAUCGUCCCUCACAUAGUGAUUCCAUAAGAUCGAUAUGUUUUGAUAGAAAAGGAGAUUUCUUUGCUUCUGCUGGAGAUGACAAGCUUGUUAAUAUAUGGAAUGCAUAUUCGUGGCAUUGCAUUAAAUCCAUACGCUCUGAAAAGAGGGUGAGUGCAGCCAGUUUUAGCUCAGAUGCCCGGUAUCUCAUGUUUGCUGAUAAGUUUGGAGUUGUGUGGAUAGCAACAACAUCAGUUGCUGACAAGAUGAACCAUAAGGAUGAUAGGGCAGAACCCCUUCUUGCUCAUUGCUGCAGCAUCAUCACUGGCUUGGAGAUCUCACCGAAUGGGAGAUUUAUUGCUUCUGCAGAUAGGGAUUUCAAGAUACGAGUCAGCGUGCUUCCUAAAAGUCCUCUUCAAGGGGCUCAUGAAAUUCAAAGCUUUUGUUUAGGGCACACAAACUUUGUUUCAUGUAUAUCAUUUUUGGGCAUACAAGCAGAUUGUGAAGGGCUUCUGAUUUCAGGUGGUGGUGAUGCAACAGUACGUUUGUGGCACUACAUGACUGGAGAACUUCUGGAUACAUAUGAAGCUGAAGUGGCGGUAGGACUAGGCAAAUGCAGUAAUGGUGUGGAUAAUCCCACUUCUUCUGCAGUUACUGCCCUGUCUGUCUCCUCUGAUAGUUCAUUGAUAGCAGUGGCAAUUGAAAGCCUAUAUGGCGUGCUGCUUUUAAAUUGCAAUCUCCAGUCAAGAAAGCUUGCACUACUUAAGAAAGUAGAGCUACCGGACAGUUUUAUACCAACAAGCUUAGCAUUUGGUAAUUGCUCCCACAAUUUAUGGAUGAUUACCGGAGGUGCUGAGGUUAUACAAUUAGAUGGUACAAAUCCAGUUGAAUCAGAGGUGAAGAAUUUAGUUUUAGCUGCUUCGGCUGUCACUCGCAUCAGAGUCAUAGACCUUACCUACAAUGGUUCUAGCAACCUUCUCGAGUCAAGAGUACUGGAUGACGCUUCUGUCCCUGGGGGUGAAAAACUACUUACAGUAUUACAAGGGGAUAAAAGUGAUAUGGAAACAGCAAGAGCAGCAGCUGAAGCAGCUAAUACUGCAUUGAAAAACUUGAUGAUAAAGAGACAGUAUUCAACAGAAACGAGAGAAAACAGGAAGAAAAAAAGGAAUGACAUAAAGCUUAAAAACAUAACCUAAAUCUACUUAGAGACACAUAGAGAAUGGGAUGGUUAAACAUUUUGAUAAAAAUAAAAAAUGUUUAUUGAAGGUUGUGCUAUUUGAUAUAUGAUACAUAGAGUUUUCUGAUUUUCUCUAGUGAGUUGUAAAGUUUUCGUGCUGUCUUGUAUGAAACAAUAGGCUAGUAUAAAACGGAAAGAAAAUCCUCUGUAUUUUGCAUUUUAGAAAACUUUCCUUAAGGAACUGAGUAAUAUUUCUUUUGUACUCUUUCUUAUUUUAAUGGAGAGGAAGAGAAACUAAACAGAUGUAACGAGUCCUGAAGUAGAUCAUUUGAGGAUUUACUCAUUUGAUGUGGAACAAGGAGUUCAUCGGUUCCAGCAAUGUUACAUGAAAACAAUUUUCUACAAUUAAGUUAAACAGUAAAUCUAAUUAUUGGCAUCUUACAUAAA